AUGGCUGAUAAAAUUAAAGAAAAAAAUCAAUACCAUUUAUUGAAAUCAAAAUAUCCUGGUGUUGGUGAUCCAGAUACUACAAGAGAAGAAUUCUUAACCACUAUACAUAAUGAUACAAUUGGUGCUUUGGCUCAUCACCACCACCUACUUUUAUACAACUCACUAAUAACAAAUGAACAUCCGUAUCAAUUAAAACAAAAGUUUAUACGAAAACUAAAAUAA